UGCACUGAGUAAAAUUCCGCUUUUUUAUCAGGCUGUGCUUGUUAUUAAAGAUUAUUAACUAGCUAAUUGCUUAUUUGCAACCUAACUUAUGUUACUGCAACAUAUCUACACUUCGGAACGUCACCUGUUUUCCGAAAGAAACUUGUUAGCAGAUGCCUUCCUUCUUUUAACUUUCUUUUCGCUAUCUGCGCGCUCCUUAAAUGAUGGAUUUAGUUUAGGUCAGUGUGUGAAAUACUGGGGGGAGGUCCGACACCCCCGAUUAACUCAUGAGACCCCCUGAAAGCCUCAAAAGCAACACUUUAAGGGGAUCUCAAGAUCGGUAUUGCGCAACAAUAGGGAGAUGGGGACCCCCCGAAAAUUGACUGGUAUUUCGCAGACUGGUUUAGGUUUCAUUUUGGAUUCAUGAUUGGCCGUUUGCAUAUAUACGGAAGGCUGAUUAUUCGAUUUUCGCACUGGAGGAUCAAACCACUUUUGCUUUUGAGGCGGGGGAGGGGGACAAGGGGGCAGCAAAGGAAACAACAGGCAGACAAGCAGAACUUAUCGUGUAAAUUAUUUAUUCCUAUAGGCCUAAUAACAAGUAUUAAUAUUAAAAACCCAAAUCAAAUUUUGGCGGAGGUUUUUGAAGGGGCCCCUUCCAGGCAGGACCCUGGUUAGUCAGGUCCACCAUUACCCACGGUCCCAGGUCCAUGCUGAAUGCAAUAAAGCGUUUGCUACAGGUUGGUUCACCCGUAGAAAAGGAUGAGGAAGGUGAUGGGGCCCUCGGUGAUUUUCUGCUGUUUGCUGAGUAUUGCGCUCAGCCAGAAACUCUUCAUCGGAUUUAUGACUGGAUGGACAGUCUGGUGGCUGAGAAUCCCGAGCUGCUCUCCAAAAUGACCAUUGGCGAGUCGUACGAGAAGCGUCCCAUCCAUGAAAGCUGACUGGAUCAUUCUCUUUUGAAUUGCAGCAUCUUCUAGCCAAACGGGCAGUGGAUGCCCUUUUACGGGACCAAGUACAACUAUGGAAGCAUGAUCUCCACGAUAUGGACUGAUGUGGGAACUGCAGCAGCUGGCGUGUGUUUGGCAAGGACAGAUAGGGAUGAGGUGGCAGGGUAAUGCCAAGGACACGCAUGCUUAUAAACAUUCCUGAGAGCCGGACGGAGCCCAGCACCCAUCAUGAGACUGUUUCUGCUAACCAGCCUGUUCGUGGCCAUUUUUGGCCUAAAGACUUUUGAUGGUGAUCAGGUACUGAGAAUACUGGCCAAGGAUGAGGUGCAGAUCUCGCUGCUGCAGGACUUGACUCAGAUGGAGGAUCUGGAGUUGGAUAUUUGGAGAGAAGCGAGCCAGCCUGCCCUCCCUGUGGAUAUUCAUGUUCCUUUCCACAGCAUUCCGAUGGUCAAGGCCUUCCUGGAAUUCCAUAACAUCCAAUAUUCCAUCAUGAUCAAGGACCUACAGGUUAUCCUGGAUGAAGAACAACGUGAGAUGCAAAGCCCUCAUUUCACAGAGCCGAGAAGCACAGACAAUUAUGACUAUGCCAUGUACCACACCCUAAGUGAGAUCUAUGCUUUCAUGGACAUGCUGGUGGCUGAAAAUCCCACAUUGGUGAGCAAGCUGCAGAUCGGAAACAGCUAUGAGAAUCGUCCGCUGUAUGUGCUGAAGUUUAGCACCGGUGGAUCAAAUCGCCCUGGCAUCUGGAUCGACACCGGUAUCCAUUCCAGGGAAUGGGUCACCCAGGCCAGCGGAACCUGGUUCGCUAAGAAGAUUGUGAGUGACUAUGGGCAUGACGCCACCCUCACUGCAAUCCUCAAUGAGAUGGACAUCUUCUUGGAGAUCGUCACCAACCCCGACGGCUUCUACUACACCCACACCACUAACCGUAUGUGGCGCAAGACCAGAAAGCCCAGCCCUGGAUCUACUUGUGUUGGGGUCGACCCCAACAGAAACUGGGAUGCUGGAUUUGGAGGUGCCGGUGCAAGUGCUAACCCAUGCUCCGAAACGUACCACGGACCCAAGGCCAACUCAGAGCCUGAGGUCAAGCAUAUUGUAGACUUUGUGAACUCACACCGGAACCUGAAAGCCUUUGUGUCCAUCCACAGCUACUCACAGAUGCUGAUGUAUCCCUAUGGAUACACCCGGACCCCAGUGCCUGACCAGCUUGAGCUGCAUGAACUCGCAAAGAAAGCCAUUACUAAGCUGGCAUCUCUCUACGGAACGUCAUACAGAUACGGGAGCAUCAUCAACACCAUCUACCAAGCCAGCGGUGGCACCAUUGACUGGACCUACAAGCAGGGCAUCAAGUACUCGUACACCUUCGAGCUGCGUGACACUGGGCGUUAUGGCUUCCUUCUGCCAGCCAAUCAGAUCAUUCCGACAGCAGAGGAGACCUGGAUAGCUCUGAUGGUCAUUAUGCAGCAAGCCAAGGACAACAUGUACUGAACUGUAACCCCAUCACACCAGCAUCUGCUCAAUGGGCAUUGAUGCGUAGUCAUACUACAUUCCUAAAUGAACAAAUCCACCUUUGCAAGAAUGACAAAUAAAAACACCACAUUUGAUUACAAUAUACAGAAGGUGCUGUCCUUUCCUUUAAACCAUUAAAAAUGCAUUUUAUUUAAGCACAAUCUUGGGAGCAGAACUUUUCUGUAAAAACAUGUUUUUAAAGGUAAGUUUGCUUCUUUUGAAGCAGGCAGACCAUUGUUUCACACAGCAAAAUAGAGCUAUAAUUUUAACCUUCUUGUGGACAAAGAAAAGUUACAUUGUGAUUUAAUGCCAUAAUCAUUAAUAAAUGCCAGAAGUGUAAA